AAACAGUAGGUGAAAUCAAAGCACCACUAAACAAGGGACCACACACAUUUUUGACUUCCUCCAGCAUACCAGUGGAUUGCAAAAGCAUAGGUGAUUACGUACAAGAGGAUCCAAACUGGAAUAAAGGCAUACAAAUGGUAUUAAUGUAACAAAAUCUUUGGUCAGAAUAUCUCCCUUCUGGUUCAUAAAAGGAUCCACACAGGACAGAUGCCCUAUAAAUGUUCCCAAUGUGGUAAAUGCUUUACCAAGCAAAGUAUUGUGAAACACCAGAUGACUCACACAGGAGAGAAACCCUUUGAAUGUACGGAUUGUGGGAAAGGUUUCAGUUGCAGUUCCAAACUGGUGAGACAUCAGAGGAUUCACACAGGAGAAAAACCCUUUGAAUGUCCUCAAUGUGGGAAAUCUUUCACUCAGAAUUACAACCUAGUGACACAUCAGAGGACUCACACAGGAGAGAAACCCUUUGAAUGUCCUGAUUGUGGGAAAUCUUUCAGACAGAAUUCCACCCUGGUGAUACACCAGAGUAUUCAUACAGGAGAGAAACCCUUUGAAUGUCCAGAUUGUGGGAAAUGUUACAGCCACAGUUCCAGUCUGGUGAUACAUCAGAGAACUCACACAGGAGAGAAACCCUUUGAAUGUUUGGAAUGUGGGAAAUCUUUCAGGCACAAUUCCAGCCUGGUGAUACACCAGAGGACUCACACAGGAGAGAAACCCUUUGAAUGUCCUGAUUGUGGGAAAAGUUUCAAGAGUAAUUCUGACCUGGUGAAACACCAGAGGGUUCACAAAGGAGAGAAACCCUUUCAAUGUCUUAAUUGUGGGAAACGUUUCAGUCAGAAUUCCAGCCUGGUGAUACACCAGAGGACUCACAAAGGAGAGAAACCCUUUGAAUGUCCUGAUUGCGGUAAACGUUUCAGUGUCAGUUCCCACCUCGUCAGACAUCAGAGGACUCAUACAGGAGAGAAACCCUUUGAUUGUCCUGAUUGUGGGAAAUCUUUCACACACAAUUCCAGCCUUGUGAAACACCAGAGGACUCACACAGGAGAGAAACCCUUUGAAUGUCCGGAUUGUGGGAAAAGUUUCCUACACAAUUCCAGCCUGGUCAGACAUCAGAGGACUCACACAGGAGAGAAACCCUUUGAAUGUCCGGAUUGUGGGAAAUCUUUCACACGCAAUUUCCACCUGGUGACACACCAGAGGAUUCAUACAGGAGAGAAACCCUUUGAAUGUCCUGAUUGUGGGAAAUCUUUCAUACGCAAUUCCAGCCUGGUGAUACAUCAGAGAAGUCACACAGGAGAGAAACCCUUUGAAUGCACUGAAUGUGAAAAAAGUUUCAAUUACAAUUCCAACCUGGUGAUACACCAGAGAACUCACACAGGAGAGAAACCCUUUGAAUGUCCUGAAUGUGGGAAAAGUUUCAGUCAGAGCUCUGACCUGGUGACACAUCAGACAACUCACACAGGAGAGAAACCCUUUAAAUGUUCAGAUUGUGGGAAAUGUUACAGCCAGAUUUCCAGUCUGGUGACACACCAGAGGACUCACACAGGAGAGAAACCCUUUGAAUGUCCUGAAUGUGGGAAAAGUUUCAGUUCCCGUUCUAACCUUGUGAUACAUCAAAGGACUCACACUGGAGAAAAGCCCUUUGAAUGUCCUGAUUGUGGGAAAUGUUUCAGUUUCAGUUCCAACCUGGUGAGACAUCAAAGGAUUCACACAGGAGAGAAACCCUUUGAAUGUCCUCAAUGUGAGAAAUCUUUCACUCAGAAUUAUAACCUGAUGACACAUCAGAGGACUCACACAGGAGAAAAACCCUUUGAAUGUCCUCAAUGUGGGAAAUCUUUCUCUCAGAAUUACAGCCUGAUGACACAUCAGAGGUCUCACACAGGAGAGAAACCCCUUGAAUGUCCUGAGUGUGGGAAAGGUUUCAGUUGCAGUUCCAGCCUGGUGAUACACCAGAGGACUCACACGGGAGAGAAACCCUUUGAAUGUCCUGAGUGUGGGAAACGUUUUGUUGCAAAUUCCUUCCUGGUGAGACAUCAGAGGACUCACACGGGAGAGAAACCCUUUGAAUGUCCUGAAUGUGGGAAAUCUUUCACUCAGAAUUACAGCCUGAUGACACAUCAGAGGUCUCACACAGGAGAGAAACCAUUUGAAUGUCCUGAGUGUGGGAAAGGUUUCAGUUGCAGUUCUAGCCUGGUGAUACAUCAGAGGACUCACACAGGAGAGAAACCCUUUGAAUGUUCUGAGUGUGGGAAAUCUUUCAGACACAAUUCCAGCCUGGUGAUACAUCAGAGGACUCACACAGGAGAGAAACCCUUUGAAUGUCCGGAUUGUGGGAAAUCUUUCAUAGACAAUUCCAGCCUGGCGAUACAUCAGAGGACUCACACAGGAGAGAAACCCUUUGAAUGUCCUGAAUGUGGGAAAUGUUUCAGUUCCCAUUCUAAGCUUGUGAUACACCAAAGGAUUCACACAGGAGAAAAGCCCUUUGAAUGUCCUGAUUGUGGGAAAUCUUUCAAUGUGAAUUUCAACAUGGUGAAGCAUCAGAGGACUCACAAAGGAGAGAACCCCUUUGAAUGUUCGGAUUGUGGGAAAUCUUUCAUACACAAUUCCAGCCUGGUGAUGCAUCAGAGGAUUCACACAGGAGAGAAGCCAUAUGAGUGUCCAAUUUGUGGGAAAAGUUUCAGUAAACAUGUCAACAUGGUGACCCACCAGAGGACUCACACAGGAGAGAAACCGUACGAGUGUCCAGUUUGUUGGAAAAUAUUCAGUCAGAAAUCCCACAUGGUGAUACACCAGAGGACUCACACAGGAGAGAAACCCUUUGAAUGUCCGGAUUGUGGGAAAAGGUUCACUCAGAAUUCCACCCUGGUGAUGCACCAGAGGACUCACACAGGAGAGAAACCCUUUGAAUGUCCGGAUUGUGGGAAAAGGUUCACUCAGAAUUCCACCCUGGUGAUACACCAGAGGACUCACACAGGAGAGAAACCCUUUGAAUGUCCUGAAUGUGGAAAAAGUUUCAAGACGAAUUCCCACCUGGUGAUACACCAAAGGACUCACACUGGAGAAAAGCCCUUUGAAUGUCCUGAUUGUGGGAAAUCUUUCAAUGUGAAUUUCAACCUGGUGAGGCAUCAGAGGACUCACACAGGAGUGAAACCAUAAAAGUGUCCAGAUUUUGGAAAAUAUUUCAGUAUUAGGUCUAACCUUAUACAUCAUAUAUCACACAGGGGAGAA